AUCACGCCUUGAAAUUAAUUAAAGGGGUAAUGGAGUCAACAAAGUGGUUCGUUCCUCUUUUGUUUGUUUGUUCUUCGAAACACAAUCCUUAGCUUGCAACUUGCAAAGGAGAGUAUCAAAACGGGCCACGAGGCAAUUGAAUUUCACAACACCUAUGUGGUUGCAAAGUUAUCAUAUUAUCCUCCCCUAGCUAACUCCUGUCCCCAUCCAACUAACUAUAUUCAUCGCCCAAAUAACAUCAUCUUCAAGUUCCACCUCCACAAAAUUAAGCCACCCAAGACUAGCUAGCUGAGCUAGGACAGGGGGCCGGGGAUCACCGGAGGGCGGCGCCCGGCGGUAUGGGAAUCGUGGAGGAAGCCCACAACGUGAGGGUUCUGGGCUCGGGGGAGCGGGCCGUGGUCCUAGCCCACGGGUUCGGGACGGACCAGUCCGUGUGGAAGCACCUGAUACCGCACCUGGUGGAGGAGUAUAAGGUGGUCGUGUUCGACAACAUGGGCGCCGGGACCACCAACCCGGACUACUUUGACUUCGACCGCUACGCGACCCUCGAGGGCUACGCCUACGACGUGAUCGCGAUACUUGAGGAGCUCCGGGUGCCGUCGUGCGUCUACGUCGGCCACUCCGUCUCCGCCAUGAUCGGCGCCAUCGCCUCCGUCGCCCGCCCUGACCUUUUUACCAAAAUCGUAGCCAUUUCUGCCUCUCCCAGAUCAAGAUGCAGGAGUGAGUGCUAGAAGGUCUAUGACAAUGAAGAUGGGUGUAAAGGCAAUAAAUAAAGUAAGAAAAAGUGCGAGAAGAUCCAAGGUGCAAAAACGAAUAAGAUCAAAACUUGGAUACAAAGCACAUCAAAGAGAAAUAUAAUUUCCAAUUUACAACUAUUUAUAUUUUGUUAGAACAUUUUGUAUUGAUCAGAAUGCUACUAUGCGUUUGAAUGAUUUUGCAUUUUAAAGCAAAAAAUAAUAAAAAGAAUAAAAAAUAGUAAUUUUUUUGUAAAUUUCCCUUCAGAAAUCAACCAAAAAUAGAAGUAAAAAAUAUUAAAAAAUAAGAGUCACAUGU